CAGUACUAGAUCUAGUACUUGCCCAGUACUAUUGUUUUUUUUGGUUUGUGCAAGACCCGCAACAUUUUCUGACGUACGAGAUAUCUUACUCAAGAGAUCUAAGUAAUUUACAGCGAUGAGAUGAGGCUACUCUAGGGAAUAAUCGUCAUACGGAGCUUUAUUUGAAGAAGACAAGGAAACCUUGAUGUGGGUGCCAACAAUGUCAUCUGCAAGUUAUAUGCUUAUGGUAGUACUACUCUUUACGCAGGUUCAAACGUCGAAAGCUUCUGUGGCAUGGACCACACUCUCUCCCAAUAAAUGUUCGUCCGCUGGUUACACUGGCUUGGCUUGGACUUUGCAGACGGAGAACGGAAAACAAGUUGCCGAAUGCUCCGUACAUAAUUCGCGUAGCGACUGUACGUACUGCAACGUAUAUGGAGAGUUUCUGUCCUUAAUCUCUGUAAAGACAAUAAACUGGCAGACUACACUCACCUGGAAAGGAGAAUGGACCCUUGAAAUGCAUCAUCCUGACCAGAGUGCGUUUUAUCAACAAAGCAAUGAUGGAGUGCCCAUUGUGGUAGCAGCUGCUGCAGCCUCCGGAGCACUUGUCCUGGGCGUGGUCAUCACAGUGCUUGUGUGUUGCUGCCUGGUGAGGAAAGACUGUUUCAUCAACAAAAGUGCCAAGCCCAGAAAACCAGAGAAGAAAGGUCGCACAAGAGAAGAACUGUAUACGACCGUACAUUAUGUGGACAACGGCGGUCAUGACUCGCUCACGAUCGAAAGAAACAAAAGAGUAGCCACUUCAUCUGUUGCCACACAGACAAACGAUAAUGGAACAUGUCACGAAUACGUAUGGUUGGCUUCACAAGGCGCCCCCAGAGAAGAGAAGAAAGGCCGCUCAGAAGAAGAUCCGCAUUUGGGCGUAGAUGUGGACCAGAAAUCGCCACGCGACGGUCAUACCUCGGUCCCGAUUGUACCAAACAAAAGAGUAACCUUUACACCUGACGCCACACAGACAACUGAUGAUGGGUCGUGUUACCUCAAAAUGUCGCUGACCUCACAAGAGUCAAAAGAAGAGGAGAAAGGCCGCUCAGAAGAAGAUCCGUAUUUGGGCGUAGAUGUGGACCAGAAAUCGCCACGCGACGGUCAUACCUCGGUCCCGAUUGUACCGAACAAAAGAGUAACCUUUACACCUGAAGCCACACAGACAACAGAUGAUGGGUCGUGUUACCUCAACGUAUCGCUGACCUCACAAGAGUCAAGAGAAGAGGAGAAAGAUGAUGAAGAAGAUUCGUAUUUGGGCGUAGAUGUGGACCAGAAAUCGUCACGCGACGGUCAUACCUCGGUCCCGAUUGUACCGAACAAAAGAGUAACCUUUACACCUGGCGCCACACAGACAACUGAUGAUGGGUCGUGUUACCUCAACGUGUCGCUGACCUCACAAGAGUCAGGAGAAGAGGAGAAAGGUGAAGGUCUGAGGAUCGUAUGGUGUCUGCCUGUUUACCUGUUUCCCUGCUUGCCUACCUAACUACCUAUCUAACAACUUUCCCACCUACGUAACUACUUUCAAACAAGAAUGAGCGAAUAAAUGUCAGAGAAAAAUGAAACACUUAAAAAAAAAACAAAUUAGUUAUCAACAUUGGUGGCUAUUUA